UUUCCGCUUGUUUCAACCACCGCGCCACCGGAGGGAGCAGCUGAUAAACAACCGCCUCUGAACGCCGAAAGUUCUUUGUUUGUCUCCAGUGUUAGCUAUAAGCGUAAGCCGCCACGAUGGCUGAUAAGAUGAAUAUGUCUCUGGAUGACAUUAUCAAGCUGAAUAAGAAAGGAGGCAGCGGCGGCGGAGGAGGAUCGUCGAGGCAGGGUGGAAGUUCAGCUCGGGCCGGUGGUUCGUCGAGGCCGGCGCGAGGUCGACAGAAUAACUUCAACCGCGAGAGAAACAACAGAUCCACACCAUACACACGGCCCAGAGAGUUACCAGACAAAUGGCAGCAUGACAUGUUUGAGGAGCACGCUGGUGGACGCAGAGGACCGACUGUAGAAGCAGAAAGGAGUGUAGAAAGCAACGGCAAGCUGCUGGUUUCCAAUCUGGACUUUGGUGUCUCCGACUCAGACAUCAAGGAGUUGUUUGCAGAGUUUGGGACGCUGAAGAAAGCAUCUGUCCACUACGACCGGUCUGGACGCAGUAAAGGAACUGCAGAUGUUCACUUUGAAGAUAAGGCAGAUGCUCUCAAAGCCAUGAAGCACUAUAAUGGUGUCCCACUUGAUGGUCGCCCCAUGAAAAUCCAGCAAGUGACCUCAGAGGUCAACACACAGAGUAGACAAACUACACAAAGUUCAAACCGAGGCUUUGACCGGAGCAGGCUUGGGCAGCCCAGGUUUGAAAGGAGCGAAAGGCGGCAAAGUGGAGGCCGUGGAGGUUUCAGAGCUCGAGGAAGAGGAAGAGGAAGCGGAAACAGACCCCAGCUUUCUGCUGAGGAGCUGGAUGCCCAGUUGGAUGCUUACAAUGCCAAGUUUCAGAUGGACACCAGUUAGAAGCUCUGAGAUGAUGCUACUCUUGUCUUCUUUUUUCCUUUCUUUUAUUUUUAAUCCGAGUGAUCAAAUAUGAUGGAUUGGAUCUUAUUACACUUGUAUUUGGAAGCCUGUUUAUUGUAUGGACCAUUAUAUGCUGUUGAUUUUAAUAUGUCUCAGUAUUUUUGUAGCCAUGUUUUCUGGGACAGUUUAUGUUUUGAGGAUUUUUCUCCUAGAUCACCAGCUCCUGGGCUCCUUUCUAAUUUUCUUUGAAUUGCAACACAUUUUUUUAAAAUCACGUAAAUGUUUGACAGACUGUUUUAAUGUAAUAUUAAAAAUGUUAAAUGUUGCAGUUUGGUCAUUUGGUACUGUAUACUGGACAUACAAAGAGUUUUGUACAUAAAUAUUGAUGCUGAAUCAUCUUUCUAGUGUUCAUGUAGAGGUUUCUCUUCCUCGGGCAGAGUGCCAUUGCUCUUCACUGUGACUGUAUCUGCAGUUUAAAAAUGAAUGAAAUGCAAAUGUGACUAAAUCAAAACAGACUUGUGCUGUA